GUGCGAGUAGGCUGCUCUCACUUGCACAAAGAAUACCUCUGGCUAGCUAGCCCAUUUCCAUGUCAGUGGAAAGAAUUGGGCCGGGAAACUAGUUAAGCCCAUUCUCUUGUGCUGAAUGCAGCACGGCCCACUCUAGAACAAACCAAAUGCUGCUGCAGCGCCACUGGAGUACUGGACACUGCCACACGGGUUCUGAAGUCUGACGGCCAGACCAGUUAGGCGGCAGGUCAAACGCACCGAGCGCAGGAGCCCGAGGCAGCUGCCACGAGGACGGGUACGCGGCGCCCAUGCACCGCGCCGGGUGCCACUUCUCCACGCAGUCCGUCACCGACCUCGGCUACAUAUGCUGCGCCCAGUGCCUCUCCCGUCUCAAGCAAGGCCUCGCACCUUUGCCAGCAGCGCCCGCCCGCUUGUAACACCAGCAAGUAGCUAGUCGGUACUCGGUAGCUCGCUGCCCCGCAGCUCGACGCACGCCACCAUGCCGGGGCUCACCAUCGGCGACACCAUCCCCAACCUGGAGCUGGACUCCACCCAGGGCCGCAUCCGCAUCCACGACUUCGUCGGCGACGGCUACGCCAUCAUCUUCUCCCACCCCGCUGACUUCACGCCGGUGUGCACGACGGAGAUGGCGGCGAUGGCGGGGUACGCCGAGGAGUUCAAGAAGCGCGGCGUGAAGCUGCUGGGCAUCUCCUGCGACGACGUGGCGUCCCACAAGGAGUGGAUCAAGGACAUCGAGGCCUUCAAGCCGGGGUCCAAGCUGACGUACCCGAUCAUGGCGGACCCGGAUCGCAAUGCCAUCAGGGAGCUCAACAUGGUGGACCCGGACGAGAAGGACGCGCGCGGGGUGAGCCUGCCCUCCCGCACGCUGCACAUCGUCGGCCCCGACAAGACGGUGAAGCUGAGCUUCCUGUACCCGGCGUGCACGGGGCGGAACAUGGACGAGGUGCUCCGCGCCGUGGACUCGCUGCUGACGGCCGCCAGGCACAAGGGGAAGGUGGCUACCCCGGCCAACUGGAAGCCCGGGGACCGCGCCGUCAUCGGGCCCAGCGUCUCCGACGAGGAGGCCAGGAAGCUGUUCCCGGACGGCUUCGAGACCGCCGACCUGCCAUCCAAGAAGGGCUACCUCCGCUUCGCCAAGGUCUAGACGACCCGUCGCCGGCGGCGUGGCGUGAUGGCGUCUUCUGUGUGAUCUGGUGGUGUCUGUGAACUACUAGUAGUGUUGUGUCAUGGCUCUGUACGUAUGUGUGCCGUGACGUCACCGCCGAGCAGUGGUACGGUGGUGUCAGUAGUAGUGGUAUGUACCUGGACCUGGACGGACUUGGCUGAAAUGUAACGUGUCGUGCCUGUGUACACAUCUGUACGUGUUCGCCCGGCAGUAACCGUACGUGUUUCGAU